AUGAACUCUUUCUCUCCUCAGGGCUUUCCAGAGUGGGUGGAUCGACGUCAGAGCACCGUGUCUGCCUCCACCGUGUCGUCCGCGUCAACGAAUCUCCUCUUCCCGAGCCCCGCGAUCUCUUCGGCGUCCAGCUCGAGGAAACAAUCCGGGCAGUUCUACGAUGAUGUCGUGCGACUCGAACUGACGCCCUCGGUGCAAAUUUCUUUUGUGAAGAAUGGCCAGAUGUUCAAACUAAAAUACACAUUUAUUGAUGUCUGCAAAGACUCAACGGGCGCAUUGAGAUGUCUCGAACUUGGAGGCGCAUUAGGCCAACAAGCGCCUUUUAUCCACGCCUUCUCCAAUACAAAACUCCCAGUUCCUCAUUUGGAACAUCCAAAGGCAGGCGACGAUUUCCCUCUCCGUGUGUCCUUCAUGGACCAGCAAACCGUACAAACCGCACACACGGUGUUCAUGACGCAACUGUCAUACAAAUUUGAUCACUGGGAUGAUUGUGUGCGAUUCCAAGAACUCCUACUCAACUCCAAAUUAGUAUUCAUUGGGGGAAUGGCCGAGGCCAAAUCGAAAGGCCGGGGCGAGGAGUGUAUCAGCCAAAAUCUCCGCAUCCUCCGCGGGAACAACGGCAGACGGGUGAUGCUCUUCUUUACAAAUUCACAGCGGAGGGAGCUCAAACGAUACGUUUCUAUUCCGCUCAACUGUAUUAACGCAAUCAAACCACCAAAAAAGGCUGGGCGGCCAGCCACAAUCGAAUUGAAUCCAAACUUCGAAAUUCUGUCUCAGAUGAGGCACAUUACGAUUCGGUUUCUUGAUGAUGACGAUUGCCAGGAAUUUUGUCAGAUGUUGUCACACGACUUAGCGAUUGGAUGA